AUGAGAGGGUUAAACUUUGCCUUGGAGACUGGUAUAACUGUAAUCCAAAAGUAUUUACAAAAAGGACACGGGCAGAUGGAAGUAGACAGUGUACAUUCCGAUAUUGAGCGACAAAUUCGAAACAAAAAAAUCAACAUUCCUGCAGACUACGUAUACAUCUGCAAAACCGCUUGUCAUAAAAGUUCUUAUAAUGUAGAAUAUCUAAUGCACAAUUUCUUUAAAAAAUAUGAUAACUUACAGACAGUUAAAUCAAUAAGACCAGGAAAAGCUGUUGUCGGUGCACCUACAGUGAAUGAUCUUAAAGCACUGAAAUACUCAAAAGAUGCCGACGAUAUAGAUUUUGGAAAAACGGAAACAUCUGAUCAUUCGAAAAGAGCUUUACAAAUAGACGUAACUAAAAUGGAAACUGAGUCAACAGAAACAACGUCUAAUUCAGAAUUGGAGGAUGAGGCAGUACAUUCUGAUUAUGAACCUCAACCCUGUUCAUCUAAAUCUAAUUACUAUACUGGAGAACACACACAAGUACGACAACCUCUUAUAACAGAAACCAUUGCAAAAAUUAUAUCAUUUCAAGGACAAAAAUCUGUAACUGCCUUAAUUGAUAAUAAAUAUGAUGUAUUUGUAAGAUGUUUAAAAAGUAAAAUUAGUAAUAUAAAUCAUUUUACAGACAUUUAG